AACUGAACUUGAAACCUUUUGGUAUAUGGGACAACACUCCAACCAACUGAGCCAUACUGGCCAGGGCUACAUUUAACAUUAUGAUGACAUCCUUUGGAUAGAUUCCUAAGAGGGAAGUUGGUAGAUUUAAGAACUUUGAGAGGUGCUUCCAAAAGCAUUACCAGGUUGCUUUUCAGAAAGGAUGGCACGCUUUACACUAUAGAUGUGAGGGUGGCUGUACCCUUGCCAGUACUGGAUAUUACCAUGAAAAAAGCCUUUGCAAAUUUGGCAGUAAAAUGGUAUGAUGUUUAAACUUCCCUUCCCAUUUUUUUUUUGGAUAUAAAAAUUUGGGUUUCACGUCUGUGAAAAGAGUUUUGCUGUUUGCUAGAGUUUUGUUAUGGGCAAACACAGUGUGAUGUUAUAGUAGAUGAUCUCAUCAGGAAGGGUAAGACCUUUGUGCUAUUUUAAACUUACAUUAAAUUCUACUCAGGUAGGUUAAGGACACAAAACAGUCUAAUAAUAUACUUUUAAAUAAAAUUACAGGAUUUUAUGGCCAAGGACUGCACCUGUUUUCCCCCCCACUAUCCUAACCCUUCCUCAUAGGGGCAUCUUGGACUGUCAGUGGAGGAAUGCCCUAGGGCCAGGAGAGGGAAUGGAUUCAGCAACCCCCUGCUUAAAGAGCUAGCUGUAUGCCACCUUGUUCAGUCACUUCUCUUCAUUUUGAGAUUAAACUUUUCCCUAGCCUUGUAACCAGGGGCGGUGACAUAAAAUUCAUCCCCUACUGUUUCACCUGAUGGUUGGCUGAUGCUCGGCACUGACUGUUGGUGCCUCUGUUGCCUGUACUUCACUCCUUCCCUCUACAGAUUUGACAGUGUUCUGCUUCUGGCCAAGGCCUGAGCCCUUUCAGAGUCACAUGCAGCAGCUGUGAACAGUGUCUGGACUCGUAAGCUGGUUGCUUCUGAAGCUUGAGAGAAAGGAAGAAUCCUUUUAGUAGGUUGCCGUUAUCUAAAGCAGUUCAAGCUCUACAUUUGUAACAUCAACUGCUGUCUCUUAUAAGACCAUUUCAAGAACUGACAUCAGUUUUCAUACAGCUUAAAAGCUGGGGGAGAGGCGAAGCAGAGAGCAGCAGGCCAGGCCUUUCCGCACUCCACCGGAGCGGGGCAGAGCGUGGAGGAUGCUGGCUGCCCCGCCGCCGACGCCCUCGCUCUGAGGUGGGAGCGCAGGUCUCAGCGGACAGCCUCCGCCAUCCCGGGCCCACCAUGGCCUCCACUCUCUGGCUGGACGGCUGACCUGACUGUGUGCCCCAAGUGUGCCGCCGCUGGACUGGGUGCUGUCCCGGGCACCACCUGCCCUCUGGGAGCAGGGCAGGUGGGCAUCGGAUGCUACCAAAAGCUGGACGGGGCAAAGCAAUGGACUCCGACAAGCUAAGAUGGAAGUGACCUGAGGCCUCGCCCAGGCGGUUUCCUCUUGACAGGACAGCUUAAGAGUCGGAGCACAGGCUUGUCUGGGGAGCAGUAUGCCGGAAGCUGGUUUUCAGGCCACAAAUGCUUUCACAGAGUGCAAAUUCACCUGCACCAGCGGUAAAUGCUUGUAUCUUGGUUCACUGGUCUGUAACCAGCAGAACGACUGUGGGGACAACAGUGACGAAGAAAACUGUCUCCUGGUGACCGAACAUCCACCUCCGGGCAUCUUCAACUCGGAGCUGGAGUUCGCCCAGAUCAUCAUCAUCAUUGUGGUGGUCACGGUGAUGGUCGUGGUCAUUGUCUGUCUGCUGAAUCACUACAAAGUGUCCACACGGUCUUUUAUCAACCGCCCAAGCCAGAGCAGGAGGCAAGAGGACAGGCUGCAGCAGGAAGGGCGCCUGUGGCCUCCAGACAGCUCCGGUCCUCGGCCAGGUGCCUCGGAGAUCAUGUAUGCCCCGCGCUCCAGGGACAGGUUUACCGCCCCGGCCUUUAUGCAGAGGGACCGGUUCAGCCGCUUUCAGCCCACCUACCCCUACGUGCAGCACGAGAUUGACCUUCCCCCCACCAUCUCCCUGUCCGACGGGGAGGAGCCGCCUCCCUACCAGGGGCCCUGCACCCUGCAGCUCAGGGACCCUGAACAGCAGAUGGAACUCAACCGAGAAUCUGUGCGGGCCCCGCCCAACCGGACCAUAUUCGACAGCGACUGGAUAGACGUUUCCGUGUACAGCGGGGGCCCCUGCCCGCCCAGCAGCCACUCGGGCAUAAGCGCCAGCACCUGCAGCAGCAACGGCAGGAUGGAGGGGCCGCCCCCGGCCUACAGCGAGGUGAUGGGCCACUACCCGGGAGCCUCGUUCUUCCACCACCAGCACGGCGGCACGCACCGGGGGAGCCGGCUGCCCUUCCAGCAGGACGGCGCGGCGGCCACCGUGCUGCCGCUGCAGGGCAAAGACAGGAAGCCCGGGAACCUCGUGUGACCCGUGGCCGGCGCCGGGGCAGGAGGGCCGCGCGGCUCCUGCGCCCCCGGCACAGCGCUGUUCAGUUCCACGUGCGGCAGCGAAGUAAAACCAAAUGUGCAAAUGUGGUCUUUGUUUCUGAUUCCUUUCAGGGGAAUUGCAUGCAAACCAGAACUGAAAUAAUACAAACUUCCAUCCGGUCUGACCGUAAACAGUGUUUAUUUGGGGGCAGGCAUUGGGGAGGGGGGCGGGAUGGUUUUGGCAAAGGGUGGGCGUGGGAGCACAGAGAAAGGGACGCUUUGAAGAUAUCAUGAAAUAAAACCCAGAGGUAUUUGAUUUAUUUAAUUAUGAAAGGAGACUGCAGAGAAAGAGGCCAGAAUGGCCUGUUUUAUAAUUAACUAAAUAAAGAAGGAAGCAUUAUUAUAUAUUAUCAUGGGGAAGAAUUGGCCAGUUUGCUUUUUCUCCCAAGGUGUGGAACUUUUAUUUUGUUAUAAAAAUAUGAUUCAAAAUUCCUGUUUUUUGUGCCAAGGUAUAAAGUGGAGAAGUUAGAUGAAUGCAAGGAGUUGAUUUGUGUUGUUAUGAUGAUGAUGUGUUUUUAAAAGUUGCACUAUCCUAAUGUUUAAAAUAUAUAUGAGGGAACUGUUUUACGUGACGUUCUGUAUGUUGUCUUUUCACCUGUGGAUUAUUAGGCCCAAGGAAUACCCUGGAGCGCUUCCCAUAAUCGUGCAAGGAAAGAUGUCUGGGGAUGUAGCCUAACAUGCCGACUUAGGUAAAUCAAGAAAGUCGUUGUUGUGAGAGUUUGCACCAGAGAGCAGUGGGUCACUGAAGCGUGGAGACCUCUGGAUGGAAGAGAGGAAAUAUAAGGUCCAGCGUUUCUGACUUGCUGAGUUACUCUGCUAGCUUAGGCUGCCCGUUUUACUAAAAACAACCCAACACAUGCAUUUAUGCCUCCAGUAUCACAGCCACCCUCUUCCUCCAGCAGCGCAGUUCUUCAGUAAUUUAGAAUUUUUUUUACUGUAGCAUGAAGUAUACUCAGAUACAUACAUUAUUUUAUGCAAUAAAUUGUUUAAAAUGCAA